UAAUUAAGCAUGCAAUAUGCAUGUAUGUNGAGAGCCACGUGUUCAAGGCGGAUCUGCCGGGGCUGAAGAAGGAGGAGGUGAAGGUGGAGGUGGAGGAGGGGAGGAUUCUGCAGAUCAGCGGCGAGAGGAGCGGCGAGAAGGAGGAGAAGAACGACAAGUGGCACCGCGUGGAGCGGAGCAGCGGCAAGUUCCUGCGGCGGUUCCGGCUGCCGGAGAACGCGAAAUUGGAGCAGGUGAAGGCGUCGAUGGAGAACGGAGUGCUCACCGUGACGGUUCCCAAGGAGGAGGUGAAGAAGCCGGAGAUCAAAUCCAUUGAGAUCUCCGGCUAGACGGCCGCUGUGAUAUAUUCAUGAGAUUUCUGUGUGUUUUUGGGCGAAUAAUAAGGAAUGGUUUGUUAUCUUAAUUAAGCAUGCAAUAUGCAUGUAUGUGUUUGAAAAUUGAAAUGAUAUCCUGUAAUAUUUCUCAAUAAAUUAUUUUGUUUCUUUUCCUGUUAAAUUUAAUUUUUUUCAUUUGAUUUUGUUGGUUAAAUCUUAUAAACGUUCAUUUCUUUGUGUGUUUUUCAUUCAUAAUUUGAUAAAUUAAAAAAUUCUUGUCCAUUGUAAAAUUUUAAGAAAUUUUUGAACAAUAU